AAGCGCGAUUAUUAAGUUGCGAUUUUUACCUUGGCAGAUUUGCGGUGAAUUGCGCGUGUUGGAAAAUCUCUGCGAGGAAAAUCUGUUUAGGAAUUCUGUGUGAAUUUUCUUAUUUAUUAAUUAUUUGGAAGUAGUUUUAGUUUACAGUAGUUGGUCAUAAGUUAGUGCUUUUAUAAAGUGAAAAAUUGUGGGUAGAAGAUUAAAAUUUUUGUCAGAAGAAAGUUCAUAUUUAAGAAAAUAAAACAUGGGCUGUGAAAGUGUAGUUCUAAAAAGAUGUUGCUGCUGUGGUUCGUUAAGGACAGGUACCAUAGUUGCAGGAGCAGGAGCAAUAAUUUUGGCCCUUCUUACAAUCAUUAUCAUCGUUCUUACAAUGCUGGGUAUUAUCGACGUCAAAAUAAGGAUGAUAGUACUUGAUUCAUUUCUGCCAGACAUAGCAAUUCAAAUCAUUCUUAUAAUAAACCUCUGCGUCACAGUUAUAUUGUCAAUAUUGCUAAUAGUUGGUACAGUAAAGCGAAAUUUCUACCUUAUGUCACCCUGGGUAAUUCUUGGUGGAAUGCUUAUAAUAGGAUUAUUAGUAUCCGUGAUUGUCACAGCUGUGAAUUUUUAUUCUGAAGGUACUCCCAAUGACAACUUCAAUGGAACUUUAUGGCUGAUUUUAGGUCUGAUUUCUUUUGCAAUUUACACCUACAUGUGGCUGGUAGCCUUCAGCUUCUUUUAUCAGGUCUGGCAAGAAGCUAAGCGGGGAGCUUAUACCAAAGAUCCUUUUAGGAGGCGCUACUAAUUGCAGCUGAAAAGCUAUUUGUUCUUGUUCUAUGUUAGAUGUUUUUGUCUACAGUAAUUAAGUCAUAUAUAAGCUGUAGUUAGGAACAAGUGUCUCGUUUAGUUGUGUGAUUGAUUAUGUUGUGAUUUUAACAUGUUCUUGCUCUCUAUCUGUAGUGACAGAAGUCUGAUUGAAUGCUAGAAAUAAGAAAACGAAUUUCACAUUUUAGAUCUAAUUCUUGCGAUAUUUAUUUAAAAUCGCUAUUCUUUUAAAUAAAUAAUAGAAAAAAGUAUUUCUUUUAUAACAUUUUUUACAUAUUCUACUUAUGUAAAAUUUAAAAGAAAAAAUAUUUAAAUAUUUAAUUUCAAUUUAUUAAGACCCAUAAAAUAACAUUUUCAUUACUUGGGCUUCUAGCUUUAGGAUUAUUUAUUUUUAUUAUGAUGUAAUGUGAAUAAUUGCCGUUUUUAGUUAUUGUCUCUAAUAAACAUUUUAUUUUACUA